AUGGGGCUUUCCAAAGACCCUCCAGAGAAGAAAGAUGAAGCAGUAUAUCUGCGAAAGAAGAUCACGUUACUCAGAGCCAUCUCUCUGACGAUUGGAACCAUAAUUGGAAGUGGAAUCUUCAUCUCACCAAAAGGGGUUCUUAAACAUUCUGGCAGUGUGGGCCUCUCACUUAUUGUAUGGGUGGCCUGUGGCAUCCUUUCUAUGUUUGGUGAGUAUAUUCAGAAAAAUUACUUACGUAAUUAAGUUAAAUAAGUUGAUGUGCCUUUCAGAGGAGUUCUUGUGCUGCUAGCAAUGAAAGAGCUUUUGUGCUGCUAGCGAUAAAGAAUUGAAAAAAAUGCAUUAUUUAAAAUCCACAUGUUCUUUAGUACAUUUUUCUCUCCUAUUCAGAUAACUGAAUGAGAUGUUACAGCCUUUUCAUGUAGGAUAGAUGUGUACAGGGAGGACACAUUGUAUGGCACUAGUACAUAUUGAUCCAUGACAGUUUCAAUUAUUUAAUGCCAAGUCAGUAAUCACCAGAACUUAAUGAUUACUACUUCUAUAAAUAGUACAAAUGAGGCUUCCAAAAGUUGUAAUGUUUAUUUUUGAAUAGAUGCUAAGUAACAGCAGGUUUGCAAAAUAAAAUGCAAAAAUUACCACACGAUCAAAACUCUCAUUUGUCUAGACAUAAAGAGGAAAAAAAUGAAUGCAAACAUUCAAUAUAUUCUAUACUUAUAGUUAGAAAAAAUAAAACAAAUCAAAAUUUCAUUUGUAGUAUGGAAAGAGCCACUAGAUGCCAAUGUUAGUGUCCUCCAUUUAAGACGCUUUUAGUAGCACUUAGUUACAACAUUGGAAACAAACCUUAAGUGGAGGAUGUUAUCAGUGGAGGCCAACUUGAGCAGUACACAGCCAUUAAGUGCAGGAGGGACCAAGAAAGUCUGUCUAUAUUUUUAGCCUCAAACAUAUGUGGGCUGUUGGUAUUAACCAUGGUUAAUAACUGCUUUUUAAUGAUAAGCAUGGAUAUGACCCACUUUAUAUAAAUAAGCGUGGUUACUUUCUGGCCAGAAUAUCACAAAGGUAUUGUUUCUUUGUUUUCUAAGUGUGUUACUGGAAAUAAAUACCACAUUACAGAAAAUCUUAGAUAUGUGUCUAAUUCUGUAAAAACCCAAAUGAAUUGUUGCUGUUUUUUUUUUAAUUUGCUGGACAAACAGCUGUUUUUAGAUCAAUUAUUCUGUGGCUGCCAAAUUUCUUGUAACAGAAACCUCUGGGAUUUUUGCCUAACUCAAUAGCUAAGGGCAAGUUAUGAGGUGUGACAUGUUUGAUUUUGCUUUUGUUUUUAAAGUGGAACUAUCACUGUCUGGGAAUAUUGCAUCAUUUGCAAAGACCCCCAAAAAUGACAUCGCUGUUGGGGGUCUGGUGGCUGAGGGGGGCAUGCAAAGUUUUACUUAAAAGGAUAUUUCAUAUUUUUCUCCAUUAUAAACUUGAUGUCUCGGAACACUUCAAUGAUAUUUACAGCGGAGAGAGAAAUAGAACAGCCACCAACCUUUUUUUUUUAAAAACUUUUUUGAGCUGUGUUAAUGUAAUAGAUGUCCAUCCAUCUGAUGUUCAAGUAAGUUUUCAAACUUUUAAGCAAGCCUAAGCAUAAUAAGUUCACCUGUUAUAUUUAAAGGAACACUACAGGGACAGGAACACAAUCAUGUAAUCCUGACCCUAUAGUGUUAAAACUGCCAAUAGUGAACACUUUGUUGAGGAAAGUACAGGUUUAUAUACACAGACCCCCAGCAUGGAAUCUGACAAUGUAGUAAUCCUGCCCAGGCAAAUCGUUUAAUUGAAUGAAUGCCCAUCACAGAGGCGCUAAUACAGUUAUCACAGGAAAAACCUGCCAAAAUUAACACUGGCAGGUAAAACACAUAGGAGAGGGAGGAGAGGAAAAAGGCCUAACACAAAUGCAGUCACAUUAAAAAAAUUGAGAACCCCCACACAUAUAAUAUCCCUAGAUAGCUCAUCCCCAAGCGCCCAAUCUGUGCAAAUAGCAUCUUGAUCCCAAGUCUGCACUGGAAACCCCUCUUAGCCAAGGCCAAGUUUUGACAGGUUUAGAGGAUGAAAACCGUUCCACGUGGCUGGCCUAAUAAAUAGCGCUGGAUCUCAGCAGUGGGCAUGCCAGCUGCAUGGCGGGGAAAUCCUAUGGUGUGAUUGUACAUGCAUGUAUUUAACUAUCCAUUUUUACAUUGGGGUUUAUCUUAAAAACAGCUUGCAAAAGCUGCAGAUAUCUUGUCUCACACCAAGAAAAGCUCUCAUUUUCUUCCCUAGCUCAGACUUUAUGUGGCUGUCCAAUAACAGACUUCCAAAUGCAGCUCAGUGAGAAUUCUUUGCAAAGCAGGGGCGCUAGGUAAUUGCCUACCUCUUGAGAUUAGCCCCACUGAGCUACACAAGCUGGCAGUCAUGCAUAGCCCCAUUGUGGCUUCCGAAGCAUCUGAUUACCAAUUAUAGCCAUCAUAUUCCCGUUGCCAUAUGGCAACAUUGUAGGCACAUGGGACUCUAGGUGGGUGCUGUAAUGGAAUCUUCCAUUACCUUAUUAUGAAGCGAAGGUGAUUUUUUUUUUGUUCUCUCAGACACUAAUUAUUAACUCCUGGUUUAUGAAUAUUUGUAGGUGCUUUGUCAUAUGCUGAUAUUGGCACCACUAUCAAAAAGUCUGGAGGACAUUACAUCUAUUUGCUGGAGACUCUGGGUCCUGUGCCUGCAUUCUUGCGGCUAUGGGCAGAAUUUGUCAUGAUUCGGUAAAUAUUUCUCAAAUUACCAAAUGUUUACAAAGUGGUUUUUUUUUCUAUUUACACAAAGCAAAGUGCAAUCCUAUCUGUGCAACCACUUUUGUUCAGAAAUGUUUAUGGUUUAGAAUUUGCAAAAUCGUUGUAUAUUGUAUUUAUGAUCUAUCUUUUUUUUAAAAGUGGAAUGCGAAUGAUGCUAAUGUACCCUUUUUUUGUAUUUCCAGGCCAGCAAACAUAGCGGUUGGCUGUUUAGCAUUUGGGCGCUAUUUAAUAGAGCCCUUUUUUGCUCCUUGUCAUGCACCUUCUGUGACUGUCAAACUGAUUAGUGUCAUUUGUAUCAGUAAGUAACUCAAAACUAUUAUUUCUUGGCGCAAUGUAGGGAAACUUGUCAGAUUUGGUAAACAUAUUCUAAACUGCUAGUGUAAAGAAACGUAUAAUUUUUAUAAAAUGAAUUUGUCUGAACAAGGUAAUGAGUUAUAAAAGUAAGUAAAAGUAAACCAAGUUAUUACACAACAUUAAUCUACCACAAGGUAAUAAUUAUGCAAAUAAAAUCUCUUCUUACUUCAGCAUUUAUCAUUGCCCUGAACUGUUGGAGUGUCAGCUGGUCAGCAAAUGUGCAGAUGUUAUUUACAGUACUGAAGUUGGUUGCAGUUGGGUUGAUAAUAGUCCCUGGGAUCAUCGCUCUAGGGAAUGGUAAGGAACAAAACUGGAUGUUAAAAGAAGUGAAUAUGUUAUACAUUAUGUUAUUUUCCAAGGGCAAGAAAAUUACAAAUAUUUUCUCAUCAAGCAUUGCAUUUUGUGGGGUAUAAAAAUUGGCAUUGCACUGAAAACAUCUUAUUGUUACAUUACUGAAGUGUAGUACAUCGCAAGGGGAUUGUGUUUAUUUGGGCACAGUCCUCUAUUCAAUUUGGCCAACUGCUUUAUUAGAAAGCUUAGCCAGGCUAUUUAUUUUUUGUUUAAAAUGGUCCUUCAGAGGCAUUUCCUAUCUUACAACCAUGAGGGUUAACUCUACCUCUAGUGGCCGUCUGCUAGGUGACAUUAAGCUGUAGUUGUUCAGGUGACUAUAGUGUCCCUUUAAAAGUUAGGGUUAUUGUCAACAUUUACAGACUUCCAGCUGUUUGCAAUGAUCAAAUCAAAUAAAAACAAUUGAAAGAGCUCCACAAAAAAGAAUGCUUCAAGUGGUUUCUCCAAAUUCAACUGAAAAGCUUAUAUUGACUUCUCCAGGCUUUAUUAUAUGCUCGUAUGCAUAUAUAUAGCUGGGUGAAGGGGUGACAGUGUGUGCAGGCUGAAAGUAAUUGGGGAUAUUGUAUGGAAGUGGUGUCAGUGUGAAUGGGGAUGAUAGAGUGUGUGUGUGGGAGGGUGACAGGGUGCGUGGAUGGGGGGAAUGACAGGGUGUGUGUGUGGAGAGGUGACAGGGUGUGUGAGGGGGCUGUGACGUUGCGGGGAGAUGGUGUGGGUAGGGGGGCUGUGAGAGGGUAGGGGGGUUGUGAGAGAGUAGGUGCUGUGAGAGGGUAGGGGGUUAGUGAAGUGGUAGGGACACACACACACACUUUUUUUUUAAAUCCACCUAGCUCUUUCUUUACCUGGGGUCCAGUGGGGCUGCUGUGGUCCAGGCGGGCGGCGAGGGAGCGCUGAUCUGUGAGCUCUCCCUGCUCAGCUCCCUCGUGCACCGCAGAGUGAAGCAGGGGGCCAGAAUAUGACUCUGCGGCGCGCGAGGGAGCUGAGCAGGGAGAGCUCAAAGAUCAGCGCUCCCUCGCUGCCAGUGAGGCUAACAAGGCAAAUGCCUUGUUUGCCUCGCAGGCAAACAAGUCCUGGAGGACCAAUAAUGGGAACGGUGUUCCUGUCGUGGAAAAAGUGCAGGAACGACGUUCCCACGAGUUCCUGCAGGACUCGAGCCCUGGGCAAAGCCCAAAACAGUUCCAGAGGAAAAGUGAUCUUGGCCAGUUAAACUUCGGGAGCUCCUGUGGUCAAACGAAAGGGCGCUUCCCAUGGUUCUCUGGUAGCGAUUGUUCUCAAGAGCCUGUAGUACCUUCCCUCCAAAUAGCACCCUCCUGGCAGGUUGGCAAGUGGACAAAACAAGGUAAUAAGUGACUGGCACCCACAUGGUCCAGUGGCCAUAUAGAGUUCCACAGGGUUUGCGGCUAACUACCGCUGGGGUUGUUCGGUGGACAAAAUGGCCACCAUCUGCCAGGGAGCAUGCGUUCGGUAGUACGUUUGGUAGUAGAGAAGGUACCGAACCAGGGGGAAUGAGAAUAAAUCUUUAGAGAACAGUAAGGUAAUGUCGUACCGCAUUCAGGACAGUCGUUUUGUCUCUGGGCCUCUGGAUUCAGGUGAGCAAGUCAAGGUGUCGAGGAUGGUGGCAUGGCUGGUUUCGAAAAAUUAAACACCCCUUCUAUUUCCACCGCCUUCACCUGUUUGGGUGGUAGUAGUGACAGCAGGAGUCUUCAUACCAAAUGCGGUAGAUCUGCAUCAGGUGUCUCCUCGGGUAACCCCCUGAACUUGAGAUUUAAUCUUUGGCUUUGAUCCUCAAUUGCAGCGAACAUUAGUUCUGUUUUGGUUUGCUGCUUAUUGCAGCUUGUGUAUUGCUUGUUGCAUUAGCGCUGGCGCAUUUUGGCGGGUGUCUUACCAUCUGGCCUGUCAGGCCUCGCAGGUUGUGGCAGACCCUGUCCUGGUACCUGUAUCUUUUCCCCAAAAGAGCUGUUUACUACCCCCGAUUCAGUACCUUCCCUUCUCCCAAACAUUUACUGCCAAAAGCGCCUCACACUGGCGGUCAUUUGGCUACAAAACUCCAGCGGGACUUGGCCACAAACCCUCUGUAACCCGAACACGCCCACUGCACCUCGUGGGUUCCCAGUCACCUUAAUCCAUGGUUUUACUCCACUUGUUAACCUGUCAGGAGAGUGCUAAUUGGUGGGAAGGUUCUACAGACUAAUUUGAACGAACCCUUUCACUGGACCGCAGGAACUUCCACUAUUUGAACGACCCUAGCCAUAAUUACGUUUGAACUAUUUUGGGCUUGGUCCUCAUAUGCGGCCUGUCAAAACUUUAUCCCGGUCGUGAUUGGACAAUUCUUCAUGGAUCCGGGCGCUAUAUUGCCAACAUGGGCGCUCGAACCAGAGCUAUCCAGGGAUGCAUAAUAUGUGGGAUUCCUGUGUGUUUUUAUUAUGUUUUUCAGUUAUGUUUGUGUUUGGCACUCUGUAUCCGGGAGAUACUUGGUUUAGCGAUCAACAACUCCAUUAUCCCUCAGACACAGAGGCGCCUGGGCGGGCACUGUAUGUACUGAAUAGAGAUCCCAUGCUGGGGGUCUAUGCAUAAAAGGCUUCAUUCGGCUCAAUAAAAACAGUUGUACUCCCAGAAUUAUGUGUCGUCUAGUUACAGGGGGUAGAGAGCUAUUCACUAAAGAGUGCUUCUUCAAGCUUUGAGGAUAUUUGGCAGAUAUACCCAGUCAGAGUAUUGCAGCUUUGUUACACAGGUCUUGACGUAUUUGGACCAUAUUGGCUUGUAUCAUAUGCUGGAGGCCCACUUGCAAUUGCUUUAAGACCGCCGCCAUGACUGGGAACAAGUCAGUUAGAGAAGGAGUUGGCCUGGGGGCUGAUAGUGCAGGUAAAUGUUUCUCUGCCACCCAUAUCAAGAAAUCAUCAGAGAUAUCAGAGUUGUUUUCAGUGAAGGUGACCAUCUUGGGAUCCAUGGCGCUAUGAGCCUGUCACCAGACAUCUCUUAUGUUCAUACUCCUUGGCUUAUCAGACUGCGGCUUCUUGGUCUUUUGAUCCAUGGUGUUGUUGCCUGCCUGGGCAUCCAUUUGGGGUACCCAUGGCAAUAGUUGGAGCCUCGAAAAUUAGAUUGGCCUUUUGGUGCAGAGAAGUGAGAGCAUGCUGUUAUUUCAGUUCAGCUGCUUUAAAAAAAAAAUGGGGUUGAAUAAUUUUGAUUACAACUAUACAUAAAAAGUGCUGGUAUGAGAUCUGAAUGCAAAAAAAAUGUGAGGGGAAGUUACAUCAAUGGAGGAGGAUCAAGUUUUAGGGAGAACUUAGCCUUGGCACUGGAACACAAGUACAUUAUUGCUUUAUUCUUUUUUUGUUUUUACUUUUUUUUUUUUUUACUUUGUGUCCUAUUGUCAAAAAGAUACUGUUGCCAAUCUAUUAAAACAUUAUUUAUUUUAUUUAAAAAAUAUGAAAAACAUUUCAUCACAUAAAGUAAAUAGUAAUAACUUAAAUACUCACAUAGGUGGUGUAGAAGACCACAAAUGAACGUGUUUCGUAACUUAUGUACUUUUUCAAGAUUCAAUGGAUCCAGGAAUAUCAUAGGUAAAAUGAGGAGUGGAAAACAAAAAAUGUGGACUUAAGAAUAUAUAGGAAGAAUAGUAAGCAAUUAGGUGUUUCAAGUAUUGUUUGUAAGUUCUGUUGUUCUCAGUCCAUCAUAAGACUCUAAAGCGAAAAGAAGGAAAGGGGGGAAUGGAGCAGCCCUCCUCUUCCCUCAAAGAGAGAGAAGAAAUUCUAAUAUGAUUUGGAGUUGUGCCAAUCUGCAUACACUCAUAGAGAUGCAUUAAACCAAUGCAUAGGUCUGUUGUGUGUUCUGAUUCCAUGUAGAGAGUGGUGGGGGAUAAAAAAACAGUCAGAAAAACACAGUGCUACAAAUACACACAUAUUGUGUAUGCAUCUGUGACAGACCGCCUGGUACCCUAGCUGGGUACCUCCGCCAAGCACACUUCCUAGCUAAAACCAGGACACCCAUAGCGCUCCAGACCCCAGUAGCCGCAGCUUGACUGGGGUGUAUCCGGAGUUUCCCACCCUGUUACAGGAUCCUGUGCAAAAACUCCAAGUGAUCAAGCUCUCAUGCAGAAUGAAUAGCUGUAUAGUUGUCUCACUCAAACACUAGCUGAGACUUAGUGAAGGGUGAACAAGAACUGGUUUUAUUACAUGAACCACAGGUUUAUAUAGGAGUAUAAUAAACUAAUUGACUUCCCUUCUAUUUUACCCAUUAUACACACAGACACGCUACUAGCACAAUUAUAUUCCAUAGUACAAGAAAACUCCUAAAGCACACAUAAUACUCUAUAGGAGAUGAAAGGGGUCUCUGGAACAAUGGGAAAACAAACAGGAAAGCGGGGGAAGGAGAAUAAUUUACAAACAAAUACAUUACACACCCUAUACCUAUAAUGGGCACAGCAUGACUAAAACAUAAUAGUAAUCUGGGGACUUCACUAAAGUGUCUGUCUUCAGCCGCCAGUGCUGGUGAUUACCGCCACAUCACCAUUUAUACAUUUACACCCAAAACAUGCAUUAUGCAUAUGUCAUUUACACACCGACUUUAUUUCACACCAGCAUAUAAUAUAUGUGUAAUAUGAUUCACAUACCUAUUAUUAUACUCUUCUCAUUAUAUAUAAAUGAUUCGCAAAAACUAUUUAUACUCUUCAGAGCUGAGUUAAGGUUGCCCAGUGCCAUGGGCAGGGUGCAAGAUUAAGGCCCACUUUAAGAAGCCUUGGUUCUCUUUCUGUGAGUGGUGUGUGUUAAUUGAGUGUGACAGUGUGUGCAGUUCUAAGUGUUUCUAUGUGUGGAGGAGGGUGAGAGCUGUAUGAAAGGAGGCUUUGUGUCUUGCUUGUGUUGUGUGUAUAGUGGCUGAAGUGUGUGCCGGGUUUCAGUAAUCUGUGUAUGGUUUCCCCCCCUCCCCUCCCCUCCCCCCAACUCCCCACUUACUUUUCCUUGUGAUCCAGUGGAAAAUGAGCUGGCUCCCAGGUGGUCCAGUAGAGGAGCUCCGUCGCCUCCUCCAAUAUCAGGAACAGAGCACUUUACGAGCACCCUCGCGGUUUUGGAAUUCAAUCAAUGAAUCAGGGUGUUGGCUGCAGUGAUCCUAGUCAAUGAGAAGUACUGGAGGAUCUGAUAUUAGUACAGACCAUAACGCUCCAUCAGCUAAGUGAGGGAGCACAGGGCUGAGCAGGGAAAAUCUUUCAUUGCAUUGGGAAGCUCUGACACAGCACUGGCUAACUGUCCAUGUUAUUUGUCCAUGUUACUGUCCUGCAUAGUUAUCUGUAUGAACAGUACUUCACAGAGGAAUUGGGGGUGUAGCGGACCCCGGGUAACCCAACUGGUUAUCUCUGCGUAUUCCUCCUCUCAGCCAGACUUGAACCGUUAAACACUCAAGCAUCCAUUCCCCCAGUAACAUGACGAGACAUAUUUCUGGGAGUCAACUGAUUUAAUUUUGGCCACACACAGCUUUUAUACACUGACCACUAGUAUAGGGCUCCAACACAACAUUACAGGGUUUUUCCUCCCAAGAGCAUCUGUGCCUGAGAGAUAAUUGAGUGAGAGAACUAUAACUCAAUUAUCUCCCAGUUACAGGAAAAUAUUCACAACAUAUACAAUCCCCCAAAAGUUCCCCCAAUAUCAUCAGGAACCCCACAAAAGUUAUAUCCCCGGAUAACCCUGGUCUGAGUGUUCAACUUGGCCAAGUAUCACGCAGAUCUGUUUGGCAGAAUUUGAUUUCCACCGGGGUAAAAUUUUGAACAGCUGGACACAAGGUGAUGGCCCACAACAGUUCCAGGAAAAUAGGUACCCAGGAUGAUGUUUGUUCAGGGGAUCCUGUGCAAACCCCAUACCAGGGAUUCUCUUGAUUUCGGGGAGCGAAGGCUCCCCCUAGAGGGUAGUUCUCAUCUCCCCAAGUCUUUCGCAUAGCUGGUUGGGAAGUAGAAUGGAAAGCAUUAUAAUCUUUAUCAGGGUUCAUGUGAGUGCCUUGCCGGAAAGAGUUCCGGGCACUUGACGACCAAGUACCGCUGCCCACGUUCGGGAGACAAAAUGGCCACCAUGCUUUUGCCGAACAUGUGUAUUCGGUUAGACAUAAUGGCGGCCACCCAGGGGAAGCAUUCAUUAUUACUUCCCUUGUGGUUUCACACUUAAGUUGCUGGUGUGAAUGUUCUAAUGGGGUACAGGGGUGGUCCUCGUUCGGCAGUCGAAUUCAGAGUGCACAGCUACAAUAACUUUCGAACGUAUUAACAGAAAAAUCCAUGAAAAGAACGGUACAUUUCACUACAGGGGGUAAGAAGUCUUAUCCUGUCUCUUUCUCAUGUUACCCCACAGUCAGCACUGCAAGGUAGCAGGAAAAAAUCUGUGCAGAAGUAGACAGUCUCCAGUGUGUGUAUCAGAUCGCCUAUACCCAGAGUGGUACCUCCGCUCUAGAUUCUCCCAGGUUACGUAGUGAAGCAAUGAUUACAAUUCCUGCAUACAUAAACAUCAGCCGAGACUUGAUGACAGGUACAAAACAAGCCGGUUUAUUAUGGAAAGGUUGCCUGUUUAUAUACACAUAGCCCCAGCAUGGGUUUCAAGCAAAAACAUUGGUAAGCCCGCCAAGCUGUCUCUGUGUCUGGGAGAUAAGUGAGUUUGCUUUUGCUUAAACUAAUUUUCUCCCAGGCACUCGAGGUACAAUAUAUAACACAUAAAACACCCUAAAAUACAUACAAGAUCGAUAGGAACCCCCAUAAGUAUUAUAUCCUCAGAUAGCCUGAAUCUGAGAGCCCAAGGUGUCUAAAUAGCACACAGAACCAUGUAGAAUCGCCACCGAGGUAAAUUUUUGACCAACCGCCCACAUGGCUGCUGACCAAAAUAGUUCCAGGGGAAAAGAGGUAGCGGACGGUCAGCUUUUGGGAGUUCCUAUGCAAAUGUGAAUUAAGUUUCCCUCUGGCUCGUAGGGAGCGAAUGUUCUCCCCAUUUGGGAGAGUUUUUUCCCUGAAAAGCGUUCUCCAGGCUUGCCUGGGAAUGGAGCAGGCAAUGGUACAAUUUUCCCGGGAUUCACAAGGCAAAGUAUCCAAAAUAUAGUUCUACGCACUAGACGACCAAGUACCGCUGCCUGCGUUCAGGAGACAAAAUGGCUGCCAUUUACUAGAGCACUUGUGUUUGGUUAUAUGAGUGGCAGGCACCCAGAGAGAGCACUUGAGUUAAGUGUUUCUUUUGAAGUUAAUGAGUCAGCGAGGUGGUCAGUGUUCGGGUAAGCGAAAAUACGGAGCCAAGGGGAAUCAUAUUGUGUUCAUUUAAACUGCUAUUCAGAUUGGGGAGCUCUUCACAAUAGUUUGUUAAUACUGAGUUUAUCACAUCCAGAAUCUGCAAAUUAACUCUGCAGUGAUGAUGUUUCCCUACUCCUAAUGAGACUGACUAAAAUAUUUGCCGUUUUUCAGUAAUGCCACAGGUAGGUUUCUAAAAGUAUGGUCAGACAUAAUAAUUGUUUGAUGGGGGGGGGGGGGCUACAUUUCUCCUUUAUCUAAUUCUUUAAUUUUCUGGGUGGAGAUCUAAACCCACCUACAGGUCACUACACCCAUGAUCACAGCUUUAAAUUGUUUUUCUAUUACCACACUUUUGUCAUUUAUCAUUCAGCGAAAGAGGGCGUUCUACUCUAGGUUAAGCAGUCACGUUUCAGUAAUCAUUAUCCUAAAUAAGAUUUAUUGCACAAAGCCAUUUUUCUUUAUAGAAUUCAACAACCAAGGGACUUGACAAACAACUGGAAACAUCUUUCAACAUAUCAACAUUAACAAAUAGCCCCCCAUAUUAUUAAACUUAAAGUUCUGUCAUCCCCCCAAAAAAUCCAGAGCAUUUCAUAAAGAUAAAAUCAUUCUCAAAUGCUAAUAAACUUCUGAAAUGCUCAAAACAUAUCAUAAGACAAAUUAGGGACUACUUUGUCUUAAGGUAAAUCUUCCGCUUGACAAAUCUUGACAAAAAGCUUAGCUACUGCAAUCAAGUUUUGUCACUUUCCCCCAGCAAUUACUAGCUUUGGGAAUAAGGCAUUAUCUCUCUCAUCCCAAGGUAAUAUAUCUAUGGAUGCUCCCGUGGUCUAGCCGAAUCCUUAAUAGACAUUAGUGUUGUACUCUUGUGCAUGAGCCAAUUACAGCACUGACACGGGCUCCUGGAUGAUCAAGUGCUCGGAGCUGAAAAUGUAAAGAAGGCCGUGCCUGUAGGGGAAGCAUCAGGUACAUGUAACCCAGCUACACUGCACCCCCCAGGGACCCACACACUAAGCUGCAAUGUCACCAUUGGGAGUCUUAGCAAAUAUGAGACAGAGCUACUUUAUCAAGAGUUUUAGACUUGAGAGAAAUGAGCUUUACAUCCAUCUGAUUUUUUAUAUCAUCCUCCACAGCUCCCAAAAUGCAUAUGAUGCUAGGUCAGAUUAGCUGUUGAUAAUCUCCUUCUUCUGAUCUAAGUUUCUUAUCAUCAUUGUGUUUGUUGAUUCACUCUGUCAUCUCUAGGCACUUUUUUGAGUGGUUCAUAAAAAUAAUGUAUACAUGAAAUAUGAUAUUGACCGCAUUGGAAUUUCAAUAAAAAUAUAUCAUAACACAAACUAGAGACUAUUAGGUCUUAUGUGCAAUACCAACGUAGACAAAACAUGACAAAGAGUGAGUAGUAUGACAAGUUCUUAAUACCAGUAUCCAUUAUCUCCCUAUUACAGGACACACAGAAAACUUCCAGAAUAUGUUCGACACAACAUCGUUGACACUGACAGAACUCCCACUUGCAUUCUACUCUGGCAUGUUUGCCUAUAGUGGCUGGUACGUUGGAACAUUAAUGGGUUAUUGUAAUUUUUCUUUGACUAUGACCCCUUAUGGGGCCAAUUAGACAUUUCCUAAUUUGGUUGUUGGGAUGGCAUUUCCUAAUUUUGUUGCUGUUACUACACUGUGAUAAAAUUGGAUAUAUAUUUUUCUCAUAUUAAUCAAAGAAUCAUGAAUAAUAGUAUAAAAUGAGGGAAAACUUUCUGCAGGACCCUUCAGCACAGACAGAUUAGAUGCCCUGCAUAAUAAAGACCAAAAAAUGUUUUAAUAUUUAGCAUUACAGAUUUUUGCCUUUUGGUUAAUGGUGAAUUGCUUGUGUAGGACUUACGCAAAAUGUUUGCCUUGGCAUGGCAGGUGAGCUUACACUUAAAUGGCCAUUGGAGUGGUACUAAAAAAACUUCUGUUAAUUAAAUGCUUAUAUUUUAUAAAAUUGCAAUGUUGUAUCCUCCGUAUACUGCUUAGUAUGUAUGAUUUCCUCAAUAAACAGGUUUGGGGCAGGGGGGAAAAUACAACCACCUGUGAAUACACACAGGCUAUCUGCCAAUGAUUUUAACCAGCCCCCUGACGACAAAUCCUGCAGGGAGCAUGGUUUCAGUUUAAAAUAGAUAAAACUCACCUCUGAUUCAGUGCCAAGACAAGUUCUACCUAAGUGCUGUCCUUCUCCAAUAACAUAACUCACCCUUUCUUAAGGGGAGCAGAUGUCAGAGAAGGUGGGCUUAGGGGAGGACAUGGGUGACACAGAGGGAGGAAACUGUUUCUUUGUCUACAGAUCUUGUAUUUGGUUAUCAAGCGAAUGUUUAUAUCUUACACAUACCAUUAUAAUAUUAAUAAUUUUAUAUUUUAUCUGCAGGUUUUAUAUAAAUUUUGUAACAGAAGAAAUGAUAAAUCCAGAAAGGUAAGUCAACCCUAAUGUAAUUGUAACAGGUGCAAGUAACUUUUUAAAAGUGCCAUAAGCAAACAAAUACUGUGAUGCAUACUAGUUAUGGAAGUUUGAUGUUUCAGGAAACAGUCACCUAAAUGCUGCUUUAAUUCCUUUAAUAAUGAAAGUAUUUUUUAAGAAUAUUUAAGAUUUGUUUUCAAAACACAAGUAUUACUAGACUAUUAUGCAUCUAAACAUGCAGGAUAAAUGUAAAGGGGUUAUUGACUAAUACAAGAAUUCUGGAUGCAACAGAAAUGUCAAUUCUGGCAAGAAAAUUGCUUAUUUUAAGCCAGAAUUUAGUGAAUUAAAUAAAAAUGGAAAAAAAACACAUUAAAAUUAGAACAAAAAUGUGUUCAAUAUACAUUUGAAUUUAAAACCAAAGUACCCUUGUAUUGAGUAAUACUUAAUUUAACAACAUGUUUAAAAUAUAACUGAUAAAUGUUGAUACUACUACUGCAAGAGUGCCAGCUGACUGCACUAUGAAAAGGAACAAGUGUCUGUGCAUCCAAAUUUGCACAGAAUUGGUAUAAGCCAGCUGAGAACUCUUGAUGCUGCUCUUGGUCAAAUAACGAUAAAACCUCUUCUGUCUGCAUGCUUUAUAUAUUUGUUUGCAGCCAAAUUAUAAAGUUUCUACACUGUCUACAUUAACACGUAGAUAUACAUAAUAAUGUAACAAAUGGCUAUACAGAGUACUUGUACCAUUCAAUAAUGGGCAUUUAUACCACAGCAAAGCGUCUUUACUAUAUAAUAUCGUAUUAUAAUUCUCUCUAUGGUACAGGCUUGAGGAUUGUUUGAUCUCCUGUUAUUCAUCUGAAGGUCCCACUAUGUUCACCAACAGGUUGCUGAGGAUCUUAGAAUACAAAAGCUGUAGUUACUUAUAGGGUUCAAAGGCCAACACUUUUUUCACAAACUAAAUAUUACCACACCAGUGAUCAAGCUUUCAUCUUAUUGUCUAACAAAUCUUGAAAUCCUUCCCAUAUAGAGCAUAGAACAUGCAAAUAUUUGCAGGUUAUAUUUGUUUAAGAAAGGUUAGCGUGUGCAUGUACACACAGGGCAGAGUACUCACUCCAGUUCAGACUGGGUCAUGGAUCAGCACUCUCCAGUUGUUGUAGCAAUAACAUACAAUCUAAUUUAUUGUCAUGAUAAGGAUUAAUGAUAAGUGUGUGUUAGAAAAAAAACAUGUGCCUGUUCAGAUUUCUUUGCAGUUUUCGCCUGUAGCAUUGAUUGCUGGCUGGAGAUGCUCGAUGAUUAUUCUUAUUAUUACUGGUAUUUAUAUAGCGCCAGCAUAUUCCGUAGGGGUUUACAAUAGUAUCAAAGGGAGAGAUUUAACAAAAAUGACACAAUUACAAAAACUUACAGGAACAAAAGGUUGAAGAGGGCCCUGCUCAAAUGAGCUUACAGUCUAUGCUGAUCAACUAAUAAUGUCAAGAAUUGUGGGCAGCCAUAGACCCAUCAGACAAGCUUAUUCUGCUUCAAUAGGAUUUCUGACAUCACCUAUUGGAUUUUCAUUUGUCAGAUCCUGGACAAAUUAAAAGGCAGGCCUGCAUACUUUCUGGUCUUCUAAGGCUGUUAAUGCAUAGCGGAAGCAUUUUUCAAAUACAUGUAUCAAAAUAUUUACGGUUGAACAGGACAUGGGAUUAAGAAGGCAAAUCCCAACAAUUUCAAGAAAUAAAAUCUUAUUUCAGUGGUGGUCUUAACACCUGGCCAUCUUAAUCACCACAGAAUUUGGAUAGUUGCAUUUUUAGUAUAAUAUAUGGUUUUCUAAUACUAUGAACUUCAGGGCACAAAUAUUAUAAUCUUGAUAUUUCUUCCUGCACAUUUCUCAAUAUUCUAAAAAGUUUAUCAAAAAACAAAACAUCUAAUAACAAUCAGCACCUUUUAAUUCAUCCUCCGCUCUUCAUUAACUCAGAGGUAAAACAAGCAUUUUCAGCAGAUGCAAAGUCCAAAAAUAGAAGAAAAGGAUAACAGCUUAGAUUUAAUAUGAUUAAAUUUGUUCGGUCAUUCAGAUUUCAAUUUGGAAUUAACCUCUACGAGUGUUCAUUUGAGAAUCGCAUUAGAUGAUGGUCUUGCUAAGAUUCCAGCUAAGCAACUAUUCUUGUAGAAAUGCAUCAAGUACAAAACAAGAUUGAAUCAUGCAAACACGGUAUAGCAGUAAUCAGUACCAGAAAAUAAUGAGGAGUGAUGAGUAGUGAUGUCCCGAACGGUUCACCGCAAACGGUUCGCCGCGGACUCAUCAUUGAGUAAACUUUGACCCAGUACCUCACAGUCAGCAGACACAUUCCACCCAAUCAGCAGCAGACCCUCCCUCCUCCUGGACAGCAUCAAUUUUACAUUCAUUGUGAAGCUGCAUUCUUAGUGAGCUGUCCAGGAGGUGGGAGGGUCUGGGAGGGAGGGUCUGCUGCUGAUUGGCUGGAAUGUGUCUGCUGACUGUGAGGUACAGGGUCAAAGUUUACUCAACGAUGAGUCCGUGGCAAACCGUUCGAGGCGAACCGUUCAGGUCAUCACUAGUGAUGAGUCCAAAAGCAAGACUAAUGAAAGACACCAAUAUACAAUAACAAAAAUUACUUUUAGUGUGUAUCCCACCUCUGUGUCCCCCAAACCAAGUAUGCGACACACACCACACACAGUAGUACUUAGCUUUUAUAUAACUGAUGCAGCUUGCCAGGUGGUUUCCCACUUGACCACCCCUCUUAACAGCAAAAUGGAUAAAUAAAUAGAUUGUAGAUACAGCUGUGCAUCUAAAGUAGGGAUAAACAGACAGCACAUGGUAAAGUACGUCAAAGCAUAAAUUCAUUGUGUGCUGUAGAUGUACACUCACAAUAUGUUAUAAAGGUGUGUGCCUUGGGUGCCUCCCCUGAUUCAUGCUGGGUGAGCUAAAACCUACCUUGUCUCCUUCACACCAGCGGUACAUCCCGGGGCUCAGCAGUAAGAGGUUGCUUUAGUAAAAGAACUUGUGUUUAUUGUACAGAAAAAAAAACAAACAAAAUUAAAGAGUAAAAAUAAGUCCAACACAUUUCUUCCACCUAAGUGGACUUCUUCAGGGUCAUAAUACAGUAAAAUCAAAGUGCAAAAGUGCCAUGAAAAAAAGCAUAACAAACCUUACCCUCCCCUGUCCUUAUAUAGCGCUAACCCCCAAAGUCCACUGGUGGCCCAGUGAGUGUUUUUUCAUAUUCUUUACUUCAUUGGAUGAAAUUCCUCCACUCUAGCUGUCUUCCUGAACUCCCCCUUCCAAUUUCAGCUGUUCAUAAUAUGAAAUAUAAUUCCUUUCACUUAACACUGAUGUGUUCCACCGCCAUCUUGAAUGCGUUUCACCGAUGAUGGAUUAUUUCUGCGAUCUCUUGAUUGCACAAUUUCGGCUUGUUGCGUUCCAGCAUCACUAUGAAAUGCCUGCCACUCAGUGUAAAGAGGAAAAUGUUCUAUUAGCUACAGGGAUAUUACUAAACAGCUAUAAUGAAUAUAUAUUCAAAAGAGGAGGACAGCAUAACAUAUUUAAAAACAAUGUGUACACCUAUAUAAUCCAAAAAAUGAACAAAUAGAAUGACCUGAUGUUUUGUUAACCAGGGCCCCCAAUCACACUCAUAUGGAAACAUGAUUGAAUGUCAAGUUAUAUAAAUCAUAACCCCUCAAAGGACCACUAUAGGCACCCAGACCACUUCAGCUCAAUGAAGUGGUCUAGGUGCCAGGUCCAUCUGGGGUUAACCCUGCAACUGUAAACAUAGCAGUUUUAGAGAAACUUCUAUGUUUACAAUAGGGUUAAUCCAGCCUCUAGUGGCUGUUUCAUUGACAGCCACGAGAGGCACUUCCGCUCUUCUCACUGUGAAAAUCACAUUUAGAAGACGCCAGCAUCCAUAGGAAAGCAUUGAGAAAUGCUUUCCUAUGGACUGAUUGAAUGCACGUGCGGCUCUUGCCGCACAUGCGCAUUCGGCGCAUGGGGACCCAGACUGUGGGGGAGGACACUGAGGGUGGGGGGACCCAAAGACCCUACAGAGCCAGGAAACUUUGUUUGAGUUUGUUUUCAUGGCACUAUAGUGGUCCUUUAACGCCGUUACGGCGUUCUGUCGUCCCCAUUAUAAUGAGCUUUAAAGCUGUUGUGGUGGCUUACAACUUACAACUCUUCGGGAGGACUGCCUGACAAAGAGCAAUCACAUGGCCCCCUAUAGCUAGCUGUGGAUCUGCCAGCAGAGGUACUGUCUGGGCUGUCAGACAGUCCCCCAGUUGGUGGGUAGUGUAAAAAAAAAAUAUUGUUAAAAUAAAAUGUGUAUAUAUAUAUAUAUAUAUAUAUAUACACACACACACAUACAUAUAUAUAUAUAUGUAUAUAUAUAUACACAAGUAGAAUGGCUGCACUCACGGAUUUCCAAUAAAAAAUAACUUAUUCAGAUUCCAUAAUUAUGGAAUCUGAAUAAAAGUUAUUUUUUAUUGGAAAUCCGUGAGUGCAGCCAUUCUAUUUGCUUAUAUUGAUAUUGAAGCCCAGGCUAUGCACCCGGUUUUGGAAAUUACAGGAGCCUGUGUGCAAGGUACAGUCUGAUUUUAUAUAUAUAUAUAUAUAUAUAUAUACACACACACACACACACACACACACACAUACACACAUAUACAUUUUAUAUAUAGGUAACGUCAUAUGUAGUGUAUUUUAAUAUUAAUAUAAGUACAUAUAUUAGUAUUAAAAUACACUUAGAAGUUACACAUUACACAUACAUACAUAUAUAUAUAUAUAUAUAUACACAUAUACAUAUACAUAUACAUAUACAUAUACAUAUAUAUAUAUAAUACCAGUAGAGAGCACUCAGGAGUCUUUGAAGGUAAAUUUAAUUUGUUGUUUUAAUGAGCAAUUACAAAUUCAUACAACGUUCCAGUCAACGUUUGUUUCAGUCUGUAAAAUACUUUUUUCAAGACAAUUGUGUAUGUGAAAUGGAUACCUUAUAUACAAAAAAUGCAGUGAUCCUAUUUGGAAGUGAACAGGUGAAAUGUAACAACGGAUCAGAGUGAUGUCAUUAAUGAUGUAAACAUGUUUGAAUUACGUAAUAAAUUGAAGUUAACCCUCUGUGUAACUGGUAUGUGAAACAUACUCUCGUGUAGAUAAGUCAGAAAGUAAUAAAAGGAUAAAUAACUAUAAAAAUAAAGUAUAUACAAAUGUUUUAACCCUAGCAAAAUAUGGUCAGUGCAAUUUUGAAGCAUUAUACGAUAUGGACUACUUCCAUCAUGGAGUUACGGCAAAUAACUGUACUAUAUUAAUGCAUUCUGUAAAACAUAGCUCAAUCAUAUAUUAUCUUCUAGGUAAAAAACAAUAUAAUUACUUCUCAUUUAAACCAGAUGGUGAUAAUGUUUCCAAUGUGUAUAUCCAAAAAGCCUCACGUCUGAGUAACAGGUUAUCACGAUGAUCUCCUCUGGGUGAGAUGGGUAUGUGAUCUAUUCCCAUAAAGCGAAGUGAGGACAGGCUAUGUCCCAUCUCAAGGAAAUGCUGGGCGACUGGAGUGCUCGCAGUGCCGCUCAGUAGUGCUGAACGUAUAGUAGACCUGUGACCCCGCAUGCGUUCCCUUAGGUCAUUAGAUGUCUUGCCCACGUAAGUGAGAUCACAGGGGCAUAUAAUUCUAUACACAACAUGUGUGGUCUUGCACGUAAUCCAGUGUUUAAUUGUGUGCACCUUUCCAGAUUUUGGGUGACAGAAGAAUCUCUUAAAGAUUUAAUUUUAAGGGCAAUACAAUUUAUUUUGGAACAUAAUUUUUUUUCUUCUUUGAUGGUAAAUUUUACCAUCACGGGGAGCACCAUUGGAACCAAGUUUGCCCCCAGCUAUGCCAACAUCUUUUUGUUUGGUCUGGGCAGAGGUAUAUAGAUGUCAUUAUUAUUUGGAGGGACUCAGCCGGUUCUUUUGGAGAUUAUAUCCAAUACUGUCAGGGGCCCCAAAAUUUGCUGAUGUCAGCCCUGCCUGACUCGUUAACUUUAAAGAAAAUUAAUUCAAGUGCUCUCUCUGAGCGGCCGCCAUUCGUAUAGCCGAAAACACGUGCUUUUGUAAAUGGCGACCGUUUUGUCUCCCAAAUGCAGGCAGCAGUACUUGGUCAUCAAGUGCGUGGAACUAUAUAUACAGAAUACAUAGUUACAUAGCUGAAAAGAGACUUACGUCCAUCAAGUUCAGCCUUCCUCACAUUAGUUUUUGCUGUUGAUCCAAAAGAAGGCAAAAAACCCAGUUUGAAGAACUUCCAAUUUUGCAACAAGCUAGGAAAAAAAAUUCCUUCUUGACCACAGAAUGGCAGUCAGAUUUAUCCUUGGAUCAAGCAGUUAUUACCCUACAUUGAAAGAUUAUAUCCUUGAAUAUUCUGUUUUUGCAAGUAUGCAUCUAGUAGCUGUGUGAACAUCUGUAUGGACUCUGAUAAAACCACUUCUUCAGGCAGAGAAUUCCACAUCCUUAUUGUUCUUACAGUAAAAAAAAACCUUUCCUUUGCCUUAGAUGAAAUCUACUUUCUUCCAGUCUAAACGCAUGACCUCGUGUCCUAUGUAAAGUCCGGUUUGUGAAUAGAUUUCCACACAAUGGUUUGUAUUGGCCCCCGAAUAUAUUUGUAUAAUGUUAUCAUAUCCCCUCUCGGGCGAUGUUUUUCUAAACUGAAUAGGUUUAAAUUUGUUAACCUUUCUUCAUAGCUGAUAUGUUCCAUUCCUUUUAUUAAUUUUGUAGCCCGCCUCUGAACUUUUUCUAGUGCCAUCUUAUCCUUCUUUAGAACAGGUGCCCAAAAUUGCACAGCAUAUUCAAUAUGUGGUCUUAUCAGUGAUUUAUAAAGAGGCAAAAUGAUGAUAUUCUUGUCCCGAGAAUGAAUGCCUUUUUUCAUGCAUGACAAUACCUUACUAGUCUUGGCCACUGCUGAUUGACAUUGCACAUUGAUGCAUAGUUUGUUGUCUAUACCAAUUCCCAAGUCCUUUUCGUGUGUUGUUAUCCCUAAUUCGCUUCCAUUAAGGGUAUCCGUUGCUUAUGUAUUCUUUACGCCGAAGUGCAUAACUUUGCAUUUUUCAACAUUAAAUUUCAUCUGCUAUUUGAGUGCCCAGUCCCCCAAUCUAUCUAAAUCCCUCUGCAGAAAGUAAUAUCUUGCUCACGUUGUAUUAUUUUACAAAGUUUUGUGUCAUCUGAAAAAACACUGAAACAUGACUUUCAAUGCUGUCUUCAAGAUCAUUUAUAAACAUGUUAAAUAGAAGGGGUCCCAGAACAGACCACUGAGGGACACGACUUGCCACUUCUGUCCAGCUUGAAAAUUUACCAUUAAUGACAACUCUUUGUAUUCUGUUUUUAAGCCAAUGUUCUACCCAAGAACAAGCAUUUUCAUCUAGACCGAUUUCCUUGAGUUUGAACACUAAUCUAUUGUGUGGAACUGUAUCAAAUGUGUUGGCAAAAUCCAAAUAGAUCACAUCCACUGCAAUACACUGAUCUAUACUUCUACUUACUUCUUCGUAGAAUGCGAUCAAGUUAGUUUGACAUGACCUGUGCUUCAUAAAACCGGCUGAUUUUUGCUGAUAACCAUGUUCUUCUCAAGGAAUUCUUGAAUAUUAUCCCUUAAUUACCUUUCAAAUAUUUUCCCAGCCACAGAAGUUAAGCUCACAGGUUUAUAAUUUCCAGGCAAGGAUUUUGAACCCUUUUUGAAUAUAGGAACCACAUCUGCCUUCCUCCAAUCCUCCGGAACACUUCCUGAAAGAAAAGAAUCUUGAAAGAUUAAAAACAGAGGUCCACUUAUUUCUAAACUUAGUUCCUUAAGUACUCAUGGAUGGAUACCGUCAGGCCCUGGAGCUUUGUUUAUAUUAACUUUCUUUAGUUGCUGCAGCACCUUGUAUUGAGUUAACCAAUUACAAUUAUUCUGCAAGUUUUUAGUAGCAAUCAUUUGCACAUCUAUUGCCAUGGGUUCUUCCUUAAUAUAUACGGCGGAGAAAUAGUUAUUUAAAAUUCCUGCCUUUUCCUGGUCUUCAUUAACUAACACCCGUAUCAGUUUUUAGUGUACCUACACUUUCAUUUUUGUUUUUUUUAGAAUUUAUGUACUUAAAUGCUUUGGGGUUGGUUUUGCUCUCUUUAGUUAUCAUUUUGAAGUUUAGAUAAUCUAAUUGCAUUUUUGUACGCAUUAUUUGCCUCCUUAUAUCUUUUAUAAGAUGCUUCUGAUUUGUCCGAUUUAAAUGCUUUAAAUGCCCUUUUCUUAUUUUUAAUCUCUUGUUUUACUUCUCUACUAAGACACAUUGGUUUUAAUUUGUUUAUUUUAUAUUUAUUUCCCAAUGGUACAUACUGAGAAAUGUACCUUUCUAAUAUUUGUUGGAAGAUGAGCCAUCUAUCCUCAGUGGUUUUUUCACUAAAGAGUUUAUGCUAGUCAAUAUAUUGUAAAGCUGCCCUUAACUUACUGAAAUUGGCUUUUUUAAAAUUAUAUGUUUUAGUAUACCCCAUGUGCUUUUGUUUUUUUGCGUUUAUUUCACAGUACACUAUAUUGUGAUCACUAUUUCCCAAGUGCUCACCUACUUGACUGUUGGUCAAAAGAUCAACGUUGUUUGUUAAAACCAGGUCCAGACAAGCAUCUAUUCUAGUUGGUGCUUGUACAAGUUGUGACAUGAAGGUGUCAUUUAACAAGUUUAAAAACCUAAUUCCCUUUGCUGAACUACUAGUCCCUCUGUCCCAAUUUAUGCCUGGGUAAUUAAAAUCUCCAAUAAUUAAAGUGUUACCCAGAUUUGCAGCUUUUUUAAAAAUACUUUACCUCAAACCCUGGGAAAAUUUUACUAUUGCCUUCUCCUCUCACAGACAAGCCACUUUUUGGGGAAAAGACACUCCCAAAUGAGGGGAACAUUUACUGCCCAUGAGCCAGGGGGAGGCUCGCAUUGGAACUCCCAAAAGUUGACCGGCCACUGCCUCUUUUCUCCUGGAACUAUUUUGAGCAGCAGCCACGUGUGUGGUCAUUCAAAACUUUACCCCGGUUGCGAUUUGGCUAUACUACAUGGAUUUGAGCACUAUUUGGACAACAUGGGCACUCAUAUCUGGGGUUAAAAAUAUGCAAACAUAUCAGUUCAAACAUGGAGGCAUCUAUGUUGUUAUGUACAAGGCUGCCAUCAGAAAUUUUAGGGCCCCUGACACAGCUCAAUAUCUGGGCCCCUGGAGCAAGCCCCGAGUCCGCCCACAGGGAUGAAGUGUGUGUGUGUGUGUAUAGUGGAUGUAGAAUGUGUGUCAUGGAUGCAGUGUGUAUAGUGGAUGUAGAAUGUGUGUAGUGGAUGUGGUAUGUGUGUCAUAGAUGCAGUGUGUAUAGUGGAUGUAGAAUGUGUGUAGUGGAUGUGGUACGUGUGUCCUGGAUGCAGUGUGUAUAGUGGAUAUAGAAUGUGAGUAGUGGAUGUGGUAUGUGUGUCAUGGAUGCAGUGUGUAUUGUGGAUGCAGAUUGUACGUUUUGUGUAAUGUAUGUAAUGUUUGUAUGCAUACAUUAGAUGCAGAGUGUGUGUGUCGUGAAUGUAGGUGUAUAGUGAAUGCAGAGUGUAUGUUUGUGUAGUGGAUGUAGUGUGUGUACAGUGAAUUCAGUGUGUGUGUUUUUGUAGUGGAUGUAGUGUGUGUACAGUGAAUGCAAAGUGUGUGUUUUUGUAGUGGAUGUAGUGUAUAUAGUGCAUGUAGUGUGUUUGUAAUGAAUAUAGUGUGUUUGUAGUGAGUGCAAAGUGUGUAUAGUGCAUGUAGUGUGAUUGUGGUGAAUGCAAAAUGUGCAUAGUGAAUGUAGUGUGUUUGCAGCGAGUGCAAAGUAUGUAUAGUGAUUGUAGUGAAUGCAAAAUGUGUAUAUUGAAUGUAGUGUGAUUGUGGUGAAUGCAGAGUAUGUGUAUAGCGAAUGCAGUGUGAUUGUGGUGAAUGCAGAGUGUGUGUGUAUAUUGAAUGCAGUGUUUGUAGUGAGUGCAAAGUGUGUUUAGUAAAUGUAGUGUGUUUGGAGUGAGUGCAACGUGUGUAUAGUGAAUGUAGUGUGUGUGUGUGUAGUAAAUGUAGUGUGUGCUUAAUGAAUGUAGUGUGUAGUGGGGAGGGGACUAUUUUUUUUUUAAAUUUAUCAGUGUGUAUUUAAAUUUUAUUCCCCCCUCCUUGUUUCUUACCUUGCCAGGGAGGGGGGAGAUCGCAUUCCCUGGUGGUCCAGUGGCAUGGUGGAGGGAGCCAGCCACAGUACAUUGCAGAGGGGGGCCGAGCAGCACACUGUCUUCCUUUCACGAGACCGGCCUGCGUGCUGUACGGAGUGUUGCCAUGGGUAACCCAGACAGAGAGCAGCUGGAAAAGAGUGUGCUGCUGGGCCCCCCUCUGCAAUGUACAGGUAGCAGGGGGCCCUCAGUGCACAGAUAUAUAGCGAACAUCGCUAUAUAUAUGUGCACAUAAGGAAUGUGGGGCUCGGACUGCCAGAGUAGUGCAGGCCCCCUAGGACCGCCGGGCCCAUGACAACCGUUAUGGUUGUCAUGCCCUGAUGGUGGCCCUGGUUAUGUAUUGUACCUCGAGUGCCUGGGAGAUAAUUAGUUUUAGCAAAAGCAAACUCACUUAUCUCUCAGACACAGAGAUGCCUGGGAGGCUUGCUGUUGUAUUGAAUAGAGACCCUAUGCUGGGGUUCGUGUAUUUAAACAGGCAGCAGCGGAGGUUCCACUCUGGGUAUAGGAGCAUCAAUUCAUAUUCACUGAAGCUACUCUGGAGAGCUAUGAACACUGAGGGAAAAGGAAUCUCUGGUGGUGAUUCUUUGGUGAUCCGCCACAUUGGGGUAUUUUCUUUUCAUAUAUUUAUUUAUUGCAUUUUCAUCUUUAUAAAAUGUACACAUUUCAAUUAUUAGACAGUAAUAACAUUCAGAGGACUGUUGGAAUCAGUUUACAUAAUUCAUCUUAAAUACUUUCAGUUACAUACAUCGACAACUACAAAUACAUACAAGCAGAACGGGUCACUGGCCAACUGGGAAAUAUUAUUAGAAAUAAGGAAUGGUUAGUAACUAGAAUUUGGAAAAGUGCGGCUAGGCAAAGGAUUAUUGUAUGUUCUUAUAGAACCAUAAUCUGAGCAUAUUGUUUAAGUUGUUUUUAAAAAGCAAAAUUUCAGUUUUAAAUCAAGGAGCCCAGCUAAGGUUGGCAUCUUUUCUCAUACCAGUCAUUGUUCUCAUAACAUAUACCAUUUUCCAUGGAAUAUUGGUAUUUAAGUUGAUUUAAUAUGUAUGCCCAAAAAGGAAUCUCUUGUUUUAACCAAUAUCUAGAAAUUGCAACUUUAGCAGCCAUGGUCAGUUGAAUUAAUAACUAUCCUUUUUGAGGCACUAGACCCCACAGAUUAAAAUAAAACAUAACAACUUGAGGGUUGCUCCAAACAUCACAACCAACUAAUACCGCUCGUUCUUUUAAGAUCAUGCUCCAUAGGGUAUUUAAGAUGUAUAAUUUUUUAAUGAAAGUUUUUAAACUAUAAAAAUUAUGCUUACAUAUAUAAAAUACAAAGGGACACUCCACUGCCCAGACACAAAAUAAAGUCACUAUUUAUUAGAUAUCCCCCAAAUGAAAACAUACAUGCAUUUAAUUAUGCAUUUUUUUUAAAUUGACUGUAUAUCUAAAAACAACUUGCAGGAGGUGCAGUUCUCUUGUCUGCUGCCUUUGCAACAUUCUUCUUCUAAUCCCACCCAGACUUUCUGUGGCUGGCAAAUCACAAACUUCCCAAAUGCAAGUCUUUGCAAGGCAGGUGCUCUGAGCAAUUGCUGCUUCUUAAAUUUAGCUCCACUGAGCUAGCCAUACCAGGAAGUAAAAUGACCUGUUGUCUGCUUGAAAGUCAAUGGGGGUGUAACAAGGUUAGUUUAUAAAAGUGUAAAAUUAUAUUGAAAUCUGCACUUUUUGCAAAAUUAAAAAUAGAACACACUCUUCACACAAUGCUUUUUAGCAAGCAAAAUUGCUUUAGGGAGUCCAUUUAUUUCGCUCAAUUGAAUAGCCACUAUGGUGGGUGUGAUUGGGUGACAAAAGUUUAAUUUAUUUAUUCAGUUUAAGCAAAAAUGAAGGACUAAAUUCACAUUGCAAAUAUGAGCUUUAAUGGAGAACCAUUGAGACUAUAUCUCAUUAUACUUUUUUUCCAGAUAUACAGCCUUGCUCCCUGCUGAGGCUUGAAAUAAUAUUUGAGACUGUAUUUAAGGCCAAGGUGGGCUCUUGUCUUCUCCCUGAAUAUUAUAAUAUUCCCCACCAGGGAUCUGUCCAGCCUUUUUUUUUUUUUUAUGUUUCCCCCCACUGCCCAUUCACUUGUUUUAGACACGUAGUAUGGCAGAUGAGGGCAUAGGGAGGUGCUAAACCUACCUUAUUGUAAUGGGUGUAUUGUAAUAGUCUUUUUAUGUAUUCACUUUUUUGUAUGGUGGCUGGCUACCAAGCGCUGGCCACUUGCCACAUAAUUAAUCCUUGCUUUGCCGAGUGUUAUUUGCCAUUUACCCAAUGGCAGCACUUAUUAUUAUUGAAAAUUAAUGUUCGCUUACAUAAAAACUUUAAUAUACAUAGCACACAUAUUUAUGCCCCCAACAGCCUCAUUUACAUACACUUGGGUGAAUAGAGCACUAUAGUACUUAGAAGGGUGGGGCCAGACAAAAGCAAAUGCUGCUGGGAGAUUGAGGAAGGAAAGGACAGCUAGUUUAAAGUGGUCUGGAAGUGUCCUUCGCACAAUAGCCCAGCUGGGGAAACCAUAGAACAAAAAAAAGGGGGGAGGGGGAAAGGCACAGACAAUCAAUACAUUCAACAUACCCUGCUCCGAUACUGGGCACAGGGCAGGCCCGGACUGGCCAUCGGGCACACCGGGCAAAUGCCCGGUGGGCCGCGAUGGCCGUGGCCGUGGGGCCGAGCCGGCAGGGGAUCUCCCCGGCCGGCCCCUGCAGGGCCAGCGCUACCCGAGCGCCGGCCCUGCUAUGUGCCUCCGUGGGCCGGUGGGGAGAUCACAGAUCUCCCUCACCGGCCCAGAGGCAUGGAAAUGCGGCCGCAGGCUGGGUGGGGGAGGGAGGGAGGAGAGAGGACCCGGCGGUGCUCUAACAAGCAGCUCCGCCGGUUCCUCUCGCGGGAUUCUGAGCGUUGCCAUGGCAACGCUCAGAUCUCGCGAGAGUGAACUCUAGCCUGCAGGUUAGAGUUCACUCUCACCACUGGGCCACCAGGGAAGGAUGGCAGAACGGAUCUCCUCCCCCCCCCUCCCAGGAUAAAGGUAAGAAGGGAGGGGGGGAAAUAAUAAUAAUUAUUUUUUUUAUUUUUUAUUAGUAAAAAAAAAUAUUUAAAUUUAAAUAAAAAAAUACAUUCACUCACACACACAGCACCCAGACACAGCACCCCCCCAGACACAGCACCCCCCCAGACACAGCCCCCCAGACACAAAGCACCCCCAGACACAGCCCCCCAGCACACAAAGCACCCCCCAGACACAGCACACCCAGACACACAGCACCCCACAGACACACACAGCACCCCCCACACACACACACACACACAGCACACUCCCACACAUAUACAGCACACACAUAUAUAUAUAUAUAUAAAAUAACCCUCAGUGAGUUAACAGACAAAGAAAAUUAGAAACCUAGAAUGUGACAGCAGAUAAAAACACCCUCACACACUACGCCCCUCACACAUACAAUAAGUCCAAAUAUAUAUAUAUAUAUAUAUAUAUAUACAUAUACAUACAUAUAUACACAUAUACACAUAUAUACAUAUAUACAUACACACAUACACACAUACACACACACUACAGCACCCCUCACACUGCACCACUACACACAUUACGCUCCAGAUACACACUAGAUCACUUACUCUAUAUGCACUCUUUAUCCUCUAUACACACACACACACACACACACACACUGGGUCCUUUACACAGUAGAUCUCCUACACACACACACUACAUUCCUUGUCAGCAAACACAUACAACAUUCUCUAAACACACCCUCUCUGCAACCCCUACACACACUAUGUCACCUAUACACACACACACUUCAGCCCGUAUGCACACACUCGCUGCAUCCCCUAUAAAACUAUGCCCCCUAUACACACACUCUCUACAGCCCCUAGCCACACAUAUUACACCACAAACACAAAUUAAAUUGACCUAUUUACACAAUACCACACCACACUCUACACACACGCAAUCCCACAAGCAGGCUCCAAACAUAUGCACCAUGCACUUUCCUGGCCCAUUUGUCCUCUGGUAUCCCACUUGUGGAGACACCAGAGACAAUUUAAAAGCAAACACAGCGCAAGCAUGUUAUUAAAUUUGCUUGAGCUGUGCAGAAUAAAUUCAGGGCCUUUUUCUAAUGCCAGAGCUCUUCAGCAGGGCUCUGGGCAUUGAACCAACAUGCUCACUUUGAGAGGGGGCGUGUUGUCAUUAGUGAUGACAAAACACACACUCUCUGGCACCGCCCCCUUCUUAGGGGGCCGCUCUGAUUGAAAAAUGCCCGGGCCUAAUUUUUUUCCCAGUCCGGCCCUGGCACAGGGUGACCAAAACACAAGAGGAAUCUGGAGACCCACACGUAGUAUGUCUUCCAUCCCCAGUGAUGGUGACUACCGUCAUAUUGGCCUCUAGCACAGUUCAUGCCGAAAAGAGUUCUAUAGCUAAUGUGGCUUUGACCGGUCAAAUAUCUGGAGCUUGUGUGGACUGAAAAGGGGGUGCUCCCCCUAGCUUUCAGGGACUGAUUGUUCUUCGUAGUCUCUUGUACCUCCUCCCCAAUUAGCUCUCUCCUGGCUGGUCAGGAAGUGGGGGAAAACUGAGAUGGAGGUUGGCCAGGCAAAAUGAUUAGGCGUGGCCAGACCGGAGUUCAAGAGAAUUGUGGAUAGGUCUCACUACUGGGGAGAGGCGCUCUCAGGUGUUUAGCAUGGACACAUAUGUGAUGAAAGCCAGGGGUAGUGAAAAAGUAUUUUGUAGGAAAAUAUGGGGAAUAGAAACAUGAUUUGCCACGUGUGCAUCUUGUUGGAUGCAUUCAGACCCCAUUCAGUUUAAAAUUGGUGCUUGGUGAAUCUUCCAGAUCCUAUACUUUGUAUAAUAGUCACAUGCGUGAGCAUCAAUUUUAACCCUGAUUCCAAAGGCAUCCAGGAGUUUGUUGCAGAUUUGCUCAGGUUGAUCAAAUUCUGAACAUACUUGGUUUUAGUAAAUAUUAGAAUUGCCAUUAAGGUUGGAAUAUGGUCAUUAUUAAUGGAGUUUGUUGUUCACAUUAGCUAAAGUAUAACAUUUUUGGGAUUUCAUAUUUUAUGAAAAUAAAAUGUGAAAUUCACACAAGUGAAUUCUGCUAUGCUUUGGUCAAUAUGUAAUAAAUUCAGCCAAAGGUUAGGUUGAUCGCUACCCACUAUUGUUCAUUCUUGGAUGUGAUGUUAUGGAUUCUGUAAAAUUCUAUUUAGAACUGCAGCUAAAUUAAUUUGUUAAAACGGGCUUAUUCAUGAAACAUUGGUUUAUCAUUAAAAACAAAUAGAAAAAUUAAGAAUAAAAAAAGUCCCAGUUACAACAAUUAUUGCAGAGUUAAAUAUAUUGUGACAUCUUUUUAACUUGCAGUACUUAGAAGACUAUAAGAUGGAAAAAAAAAUGCAAUGCCACCUAUUCAUGUGUAUAUAGUCAAAUCUGGUUAAGAAUUGUGCAUAUGAUUCUGUAUGACUAAACUUUUAUUUAAGUUUAUUCUACUUAAAACUAAAUUGUUUUUUUUUUUUAAAGUAUGCAGCACAUUUUUGGUUACUACAAAUUAAAUUGAGCUGAACUAGAAAUUGAAAUGUACUAGAAAUAAAUGAAGAAAGUGAUAGAGAAACAUAACAUUUUCUAAACUGUUUUAGGAACAGUUAUAAAGGAUGUGUAUUCUUUUUCUUUUUUCUAGGAAUAUCCCGAUAACAGUAAUAGUUUCUCUGAUUCUUAUCACCAUAUGUUACCUUCUUGCAAAUGUCUCCUAUUACACCAUCCUGACUGCAGAUGAAAUUUUGGCCUCUGAAGCUGUAGCCGUAGUGAGUAUUAAAGGUUAAGUUAAUCAUUCAAAGAGCCAUUCAGCUGAAAUAUAAUGUUCAUUACAGACAUUUGUAAACAAGAAAACAAAAGCUUGAUGGGAUUUUACUGGUUGGAGGUAAUUCUUUUUUAAGAGGCAAUUGUCCAGCUUCUUAACCAAAACAAAAUUUAGAAUAUGCGCAAUAUGUUUUUUUUUAGAAUAAUUAUGGGAUCUGGGAUUCACGGAUAUAUAUUAUGCUUAACUAUUUAAAAAAAAAAAAAAAAUAUAUAUAUAUAUAAAAAAAUAUAGAGAAACCAUAAAUCUAGGCUAUGAUCCAAUUGACUACCAACACUUGCUUAAUUUGAUAUCCCUACUUGACAAACAAGAUACCCCUGAACCAAGAACUGAUUUAAAAGUUAAAAGUUAAAAGUACAUUCAUCACUUCCCUGAGUGAAUUUUCCCACAAAUUAGUAUGCAAAGAAAUGGCCACUAUGUACUGCCUCCCAAAAAAUUAAUAAAAAAAAAAAAAAAAAACUUAUAUAACAUCCCUGGACAUCCGAUCCUCUCGGGAAAAGGGUCAUUAAUGGAAAAUUGCAGCACUUUUGUGGACAAAAUCUUACAUCCCCUCAUAGUAAAAACACCCUUGUUUAUACAGGACACUGGAUCAGCUAUUGAGAAACUCACAGAUAACUUGCACAUCCAUUUCCCACCUAGCAAGUCUGGACAUAGUGUCCCUGUAUUCCAAUAUUCCCCACGAGGUGGGCUUUAAAGCUUGUAAUGCCUUAAUAAUGUAAUCUAAACUAUACAGUACUGAAUUGAGUACUUUCAUCAUUAAGUUGUUGACCUUCAUUCUCAAACACAACUAUAUUACAUGGUUAACAGGAAUAUCGAUCUACAAAUCCAUGGAACUUCCAUGAGCAUAUGCUGUGCUCAGACUUAGGCCAAUCUGUACCUGGCAUGGUGGAAACAACGCUCAAUUCAUCAUCAACCAAUAUUUGAGACGAACAUCAAAACUUGGUAUCGUUACGCAGAUGAUGUCAUCUGCUUGUGGGAAGGCAUGGGUAACCUCCCUAAACCAGAACAAAAUUAGUGUACAAUUAACAAUGUUUUGGGGGGCUAAAUCUAUAGAAUUCUUAGAUUUUACAGUACACAUUAAUUCAGAAUUUAAACUCAUAACCAAACUAUACAGAAAACCCACAGCAACCUACAGUUUCUUGAACUGGCACAGCCAUCACCCAGAACCACUCAAGACAGGCAUUCUCUAUGGGCAAUAUUUAAGAGCCCAUAGGAACAGCACUAACGAUGAUGACUUUAUCAUGGAAGCAAAUAUCCUCAAGUCCUUCGUCCUACAGAAGGGCUAUCCAAAGAGGCUUUUGAAAUGGGCCUUUAAUCAUGCUAAAAAUGUGGACAAUUACCAUCUCUCAACCCCUGUGAUAGGGGCCAAAUCAAACUGUGAGAAGAAUCACAAGAUGUAA